AUGAAGAAAGGGAACCGCCGUGCUAACCUCAUCGAGGACAUCGAGGUCGCGCCGCCAAAGGCACAUGAAGUGCGUAUUGAGAUCUACCACACGGGGGUCUGUCAUACAGACGCCUAUACUCUCUCGGGCAAAGAUCCAGAAGGAGCUUUCCCCAUCAUUCUCGGGCAUGAGGGCGCUGGCAUUGUGGAAUCGGUCGGCGAGGGCGUCACCAGCGUGAAGCCAGGCGACCAUGUCGUCGCCUUGUACACACCAGAGUGCAAGGAAUGCAAAUUCUGCAAGUCCGGCAAGACAAACCUGUGCGGUAAGAUCCGUGCCACGCAGGGCCAGGGCCUGAUGCCGGAUGGGACGUCGCGGUUUCGAUGCAAGGGCAAGGACCUGCUGCACUUUAUGGGCUGCUCAACCUUCUCGCAGUAUACAGUCGUAGCAGACAUCUCAGUCGUGGCGGUGCAGCAGGACGCGCCGAUGGAAAAGACGUGCCUGCUCGGCUGCGGCAUCACCACGGGCUACGGGGCGGCGCGGAUCACCGCCAACGUCGAGGAGGGGUCCAACAUCGCCGUCUUCGGCGCGGGAUGCGUGGGGUUGAGCGUGGUCCAGGGCGCCGUCGCGCAGAAGGCCGGCAAGAUCAUCGUCGUGGACCUCAACCCGGCCAAGGAGGAGUGGAGCAGGAAGUUCGGCGCGACCGACUUCCUCAACCCGUCCACGCUGCCCGAGGGCACCAGCGUCGUCGACAGGCUCAUCGAGCUGACGGAUGGAGGAUGUGAUUAUACCUUCGAUGCUACCGGGAAUGUCCAUGUAAUGCGCAGCGCCUUGGAGGCGUGCCACAAGGGAUGGGGCCAAUCCAUCGUGAUCGGUGUUGCGGCUGCCGGGCAGGAGAUCCAGACAAGACCCUUCCAACUCGUGACCGGUCGCGUCUGGCGCGGCUGUGCCUUCGGCGGCGUCAAGGGCCGCUCGCAGCUACCGGGCCUGGUGCAGGACUACCUCGACGGGCGGCUCAAGGUCGACGAGUUCAUCACCCACCGGCAGAAGCUGGCCGACAUCAAUACCUCAUUCGAAGUCAUGAAAAGCGGCGACUGUAUCCGGGCUGUCGUGGAUGUGCGGGGUAGGUAG